UAAGAGAGCUAAAUGAGCUCACAUGCUGAUAUCACAUCAAAGUGGAAUAGACCUCUGCAUGCGCACCUUUGUUUCUGCUGCCAUGGUUUGCCUUCUCGUGCCCUACCUGUCUUUUCUGCAUCUGAGAGAGUUGCCUGGGGUCUCAGCAGUCUGGAAAUGUGGAUGGUUUGUAUACCUCUAAGGACAAACCAAAAGAAAAACAAUCCGUAGGCUCUGAGUCAGUCAAUGAGAGCCUAAAGCAAGCAGAGUGAAGGUGCACACACAGUUGAUAAAAAUGGGGGCUGUGGUGCCGGUGCUCAUCUCUGAUAGUCUGCAGCUCUUUCUGUGGCAAUGCCAGAUGUGAAAGCUCCACCAUGUGAGUACUCCCCAGCAGGCUCUCCUGCAGGCUGCAGCAUGGACUUGUCUGUGAACCUGUCCAUCCUCAGCUCUCCGCUUUCUGCUUUCCCCCAUCAUGGUGUGUCCCCCUUUCCUGCCCAGGACAUCACGCCGGACCCCUGUCCUCUGGGAAACAACAACAACAAUACCUUGCUUAGCAACCUGGGGCUCCACUGCUCCACCAGCAGUAUACAUCCCCUGAAGCAGCCUGAUGCUCACUCUGCAUUUGGAGCGAUGCGUUUUCCUCAGGGCUGUGUGAAUACAGGCAGCACUCGGCUUUACCGCAGCCUGGAAAACCUGCAUUGGGCUGCAGUGUCCGACCCCAGUACAUAUCCUUAUAGGAGUGUGGACAGUGAGUUUAUUCUUAACUAUGCUUCAAGCAAUCAUUGGUAUGGCGGAUCUCCUCAGAGGUCGCAGGUAUAUGGUGUAAUCCCAUCCCCUGAAAAUAUAGCGUUCUACAGCCAGCGAGGAGUAGUUAGAAAGGAUAUACCUCUUUUCCCUCAGUGGCUAUUCCCUGCAGUUGAGGACUGGGGCAUUUAUGGAAAUGGGCGAAAGGGCCUUAGAGACAAACUUCGACUCCAGAGCACACGUGUGACAGAGCCUCUCAAGCCCUUGCGACCUCAACCUGUGCUUGGUAAUGCACCAUCUCCAAUCUAUCCAUGUGUUCAGGAAGUAGCAGUUCGCCUGGGUUUGCCAUCCUCUUUGGUACAAAAAAGUGGACAGCAAGAGCUUUGUGCUCGUCGCAUCACUAGUCCAGAAGAGAUCAAACAAGAGGCUCUGCGACGAUUGCAGCUUCGGACGCAGAGAAGCACCCCUAACCUGUCACUGAACUGCAGACAAGAGUCUAGAAGCAUCAGUAAAGCUCACACCUCAGAGCUUAUCUGCACCAACUCUACCCAGUCAACCCCUGAGAGGAAAAGACCUCCCAUGGGCCACCUGCACAUUCCUACAUUUGAGGAGUUUAAGAGAAUGAGACAGAGGGAGAACAGUCAGAAUUCCUCAGAAUCCCUUUUGAGUCCCUCAAAAUCUCUCAAAUGUAGUAGAUUGCAGACAGAGGAAACACAGAGUGAGAAAAGGAUUGAUACUAAAGUCAGCCAAAAUAAUAGAACUGCUGAGGAUUCAAAGCUUUCUUGUAAACACAGCAAAGCAGACAUAUCUGAGCCUGGUUCCACCGCAGAGGUCCCGCGUGGACCCAUCUGCACAGGCCCAGUGGCCCUCUCUCUAUUACACCCUCAAGCUACAACAGGAAAAGUGGAGGAGACAAAGGGCCCAGGAGGCCCCGGGGCCACAGAUGCAGUUGCUCUUCCCUUCCCAUUCUGCAGGGGGAGUGGAGAUGGAUCAUCCAGCUGCUGCCCUGCAAUCCUUCUGGACGGCACAGACCUUUCCAGCUAUGGAGCCAAAAUCUACAAAAUGAGGGAUGGCUUACUGGGCUCUGCCAUGGACAUCAUUAAAAAAAGCUGCAGUGCAGAGAUUGCAGCCGAGACUCCCGUCCGACUGUCGCGUGAGCGGAAUGACAUCACUGACAUCACCACUCCCCAGCCCAACCAUCAAUCUGCCCAGGUUGCCAUGACAACGUCGGCCUGCGGAGAGGAGGCUUGCUUCCAGCCCACAGGACAAGCGCCAACAGAAUGCGUAUCUGGAGUGGGCUGCAGGCGCUCCAGCUCAGACAUGGCCUAUGAGCUGGCCGAGUCAGUGAGGGCCCAGCGUGAGUGCCGUCUGAGGCCCCACUACAGCGACCCUAUGCCUACGGAUGCUGCCAAGCGCAAGCAGCUGGAGAUGAAGAUAGCGGCAGCAGCACGUUUGCACAUUCACCGCCGAGAGAGGGACAGUGUGCCGAGCACAAGCAGGGGCUGCUCAGAGCCCAGAGGGGAGGAGAGAAGCAGGAGCCUGGGUGUGACACGGACAGCACAGCACCGCUGGAGUACAGUCAGCAGCUUGAGUGCAGACAGUGGUGUGGUCGGAUUGAGCGAUGAACGCGAAGAAGAGGAAGUGCCCCGGCGUGCCCGCCACAGUGCUGGAGCCGAAGUAGAACGCAUGGACAGUGGCAUCGGUCCUAGUUUGGCUCGGGGCUGGAGGAGACCCUCACCAUCUCUCAGGACCUGGGAGGUUCAGCAGCCCUGCCCAGACUGCGGUCAUAAAGAGGGGGCGCACGGGAAAGGCAUGUGCGAGCGCUGCUCUAAGCUCCGCACUGAGCGCAAAGAGGCCAUUUUGGAGUUCCUCAACACUGAGUCAAGUUAUGGAGAGGACCUGCGUAUUAUCAAGGAAGAGUUCUACUGCCCCAUGCAGAGCGCAGGGCUGCUUACAACUGAGCAGCUGGCUGUGGUCUUCAGCAAUGUUCAAGAGCUCAUUGAUGUGAAUGACAGGUUCACAGAGCACCUGCAGGACAGCAUUGAUCAGGCUUUUGAUCAGGGUGAUGAGGAUCUGCAGGCUGUGUGCAUUGGAGAAAUCUUCCUGGAGUUUGUCAGCAUGCUUCCAGCCUUUCAAACCUACUGCCUGCAGCAGUCCACAUCUGUGAAUAUGCUCAACACACUUGAGAAAGAAAAGGAGCUUCUUAGGAUAUUCCUUGACGUGUCCCAGAAUGACAACACAGCGCUUAGGCGGAUGAAUCUACGCUCCUUCCUCAUGGCCCCUCUUCAACGCGUGACCAAGUACCCGCUGCUGUUGAGUCGUAUCAGCAAAGCCACCAACGAGUGUCACCCGGAUUACUCACAUUUAAAGGAAGCCAAGAGCCGCGUGGAGUCCCAUCUCGAGCACAUCAACAUGAAGACCAAACAGGAGGGCAUCGCCACGUGGUCCUUGCGCUCUUUCCGGCGAGACAGCCGCAAGAACCGGGAGGUGUUCAACAUUGAGAUGCGAGAGCUGUCCAUAAAGACUGUGGGCUGGACUCGGGAGAGCACACGCUUCAUCAUGGAGGGGCCUCUCCAGCUGGCCCAGCCUGCUGAUGGCCAGUGGCUUAAGAAGGGGAGUAAAUCUCUCAAAUUCCAGAAUGUUCAAAGUUUACUCAUGGUACGCAAACUGCGCUCAGCAGAGGUGGUGACUUCAGCUGAUGGGUCUCUCAGAGUAGAGCAGUUGGAGACCUUGGAGAUGGUGCAGGAUGGUGUACUGGUGCUCAUCAAAGACAAAAGUAGUGGGAAAUUCACUGUGUUACGCGAGCCGAUCCAUUUAGCUAACUGUGUGGUAUCCGCCGACCCUGACUGUGAUGAUGCUUUUGAAGUGCUUGACAUUCGGCGCGAGGCCUUCGUUUUCCGUGCCUCGGACAAACUUCGCACUCAGCAGUGGUUUUGUCAGAUCAAGAGAUAUGCUUGUGAUCUGGGAUGUUGGAGAAAAAGACGCAACGCUCUCCCUAAUAUUAUGAUUAGCACUACCCAAAGUCGGUCGUGAGACAUCUAAACCUGUCCCAGCAUUACUCUGAUGUAAAUAACAAAGUUAAUAUUUUGAUGAACGUACAGUAUUUGUGUUAGGAAAUCAGAUGUUUCUCCACUAAUGGACUUAUACUUCGCAAGGAUUUACUGUGAUUUAAAAGAUGAAUGGAAUAUUAUUAUAUACUGCAAGGGGGUACUUUGUAUAACUGUCAUGCAAAAAGUAAUGCCCUUUGGCAUACCAAAAUGUGGGCCUUGCUAGGUGCCUCACAGCUGCACUUGUAUAACACUGAUUGUACAACCAGUUUGCUACUGAGAAGAAAUUUUCAUAAAUGUUUUCAGUUGUGAAAUGGAUUCUAUGAUAAGAUGAAAUGUAUGUGAUCGAAUGGAUUUUCAAGUAAACUCUAAAGUAACAAUGCACAACAGAAUGGAAUCUUGUGUUUGGUGUGAAGACCAAGGUAGAGCUCAAUGUUUGUUUUCUGACCUUGAAUAUUCAAUUACCUCUUCCUCUGUUUUCUGUAAGAACUUACUCCCAUUGCCACAAAAGAUCCAGAGGCCGUUUUUGUAUAUUUAUCACUGUGCUGGCCUACAAAGCAGCAAUAAUCUUCAUUGUACCCAGUAGCAACGGUAACGCUACGUUUUUAUUCACAGGUUCUUGUGGGAUCAGUGAUGUAACAAAACAGUUUUGUGCUGUUUCUCCAUCAAUGAGAAUGUAGUAUCGGUCUAAGCAUCAAGCCACAUUAAUGGUUGUGCUGAAACUAUCUGUAGCCAUAAAUUAGUUAACUAUAAACCACAAUUUACAAAAUGUUGAUGUGAUGGUUUUUGAACCCCCAAAAUUAUGUAAUUUAUGAUUAAGAUGUAGCUUUCUUUUGUAAUAUGAGGGGGAGGAAAUAUGUGCCUUUGUUUUUAUUUGAUACUGAUUAAGACACUCAUACUACUCUGUUUUCCCUCUUCUUUGCCCUCAAAUCAGGCCUUAAGCAGAAUAUUGAAAAACUAUUCCUUUUCAGUAAGUGCUAAGUUCCAACUGUCCCACUGAUGUACAACCCAUGCUUUAUGACAACUCGCUAAAUGACUUAGUUUGAUGCACUUUAAUAUUAAGGUCCUAAAACUGGAGUGAGGACAUUGUUCUGCAGUUUAAAAAGCUUUACUGUACUUUGUUUUAAAGAUUGUUUGAGCUUUAAGAGAAACAUGAACCACAGUUGACUUAAGCAAUAGCUAUCAACCUCAUUCACCCUGCAAUUGUGACCUCAUUGUAUGUUUAAAAUAGCCACUAAUAAAUGACACUUUUUGGAUUUAGAUUUCAACAUGAACAUUUACUGUUUAUCCAAUGGCAUCAAUACUGUUAGAAAUAUAGCUUCCACAUUACACAACAGAAAGAGGAAUUUCACCUGCAAGAUAACUUUGUCUGAAAUUAUUAACUGAGACCAAUCAAGCUGUAAAAUACUGUUUCCGUUCUUAUAAA